AAGGGAGUUGGAAGGCUCAUUCGUAAGCCUCCAAGAGUUCAGCAAGGUUUAAGGCAAACUUUUGCCAUUGAGCCCAAGAAAUAUUUUCGGCCACCAAAUGCUCCAAAGAGCCCGAAGAAAGUUCAAGGUGCUUAUGGUUACCUUUGUUCGUCGUCAUCUGCACCAGCGCGGAAA